AUGAACCAGCAAGAGAACGCAACCAACAAAGAGAUUGGUACCUUGAAGACCGAGAUAGACGAUCAGAUAUUCAACCAAAAUAGAGCUCAAGAAAACGAAGAUGCCGCUCGAGCCCGGCGAGAGGAUCUUUCCCGGCAAAAGAACAAAUUAGCCAACCAAAUUGGAACUAUCAUACAGUCUGCUGGUUCCGCAGGCAUUGGUGGAAAGAUGCUUGUGGCUGGAGGUCAGAUGGCUGCUACCUGGAUACUCAACCUCUGGGCGAACAACGAUCUCCAAUCUGCGCAGAGUAACAUGCAAGAUCAGCUUGAGAGGGGCCAGGAGUAUAGAAGACGUAAGGAGGAGGCUGAGAUAGACAUUCAGAAGCUUUCGACGCAAGCUUAUGAACUGAAACAAUGCAUUGAAGUCUUGCAGCCUGUUCAAUUGCUGCUUCAUGGGAUUAUAGAUUGUCUCCGUAAUGCUGCCAUUCAUCACAACGAGAUGCUCGCCAAAAUGCAGUCGUUUCUGGAGAGUUGUUCCGAGUCCAAGGAUAUAGCCAAGGGAAUUCCUGAUGGCCUAUCCUUUGGAGAUACUCUAGAUUUUCUAAACGAAAUUCAGCUCAUGCGCCAAGGGGCUCUCGAGAUCGGGCACUGGUCACUCAUCUACUCCAAGGUGAUCCAACAGACAAUGAUGAAAGGCUUCCAGCAAAAUGAAACAAACUUCUCACAUGAACAUAUAAUUUUCACCAUCCAACAGUCUCGUCAACAGGCGAUCGAAUCUGGAAGUGCAAAGCUUAUUGCAGGCCAGUUGAAGCAACAGCAUGAGGCCGAGGUAGAAGCCAUCAAGAAGGACCACGAUGAGGUCGUUGGGAAGCUGAAGAGGAAGAAUGAAAAAGAGCUCAAGAAAGUGGCGAGAAGUGGAAAGAUGAGAAAACUACUCCCCUUUUCCAAGGCGUCAUAG